GACCUGUGCUGGCUGGCUGACAGGGGCAUCCUGGUGGCCUCCGACUCCGGGGCGGUGGAGCUGUGGGAGCUGGAGGAGGACGAGAGCCUCAUCGUGAACAAGUUCUGUAAAUACGAGCACGAUGAUAUCGUGACAUCGGUGUCUGUCCUGGCCGGCAGCAGCCAGGCUGUCAGCGGGGGCAGGGAUUUCUGCGUGAAGGUCUGGGACAUCCCGGAGCAAAUGGUGCUGCACUCCUACAGAGCUCACUCCGAUGCAGUGACAUGUGUGGCUUCCUGUCCUGGUAAGGACACUGUGUUCCUGUCCUGUGCUGAGGACAACAGAAUUUUACUCUGGGACACCAGAUGCCCCAAACCAGCUACCCGAAUUGUUUGCAGUGCCUGUAAUUACCUCCCUACCUCAGUCAUGUGGCAUCCACAGAAAAGUGACAUCUUUGUCUUGGGUGAUGAAAGUGGAACAGUUGCACUGGUGGACACAAAGAAUCCUGACUCUGCCCUCAGCGCUGCUGUGCACACCCAGGGCAUCACAGGCUUUGCUUUCUCUGCACACAGCUCACCCUUACUGGCUUCCAUCAGUGAAGACUGUUCAGUUGCUGUUCUUGACUCAGACCUCUCAGAGGUGUUCAGAAACCGCUCUCAUCGAGACUUUGUGAAAGGCUUGUCCUGGUCUCCUUCAGACGAUGUCUUGCUCACUACAGUUGGAUGGGAUCAUCAGGUUUUACAUCACACUGUUCCCCUCCCAGCUGGUGAAGCUUCUGGAAUCAACUGUGUAAAAGAAUAGUUUUAUAAACUCGUGGUCCAAGUUCCUUGCUGGCAUCACUUUGAUUCUGCUGAAGUCACAGGUGUGUGAGCUGGAGUGUGGGGUCUGUUGUCUGCCUCAAAGCUUGUGGCUGAGAAGCUUCCUGUAGUAAUUUUGAAUUAGGCAUAAGUUAGUUACAAUACAAACUCUCUCCUCAGGAGUAGCUUCUCCUGUAAUAAAAGACUUUGGUUUUACUCAGAAAAAAAUUGACUUCAGGCACAGAGGAGACUCUGAGAGACAGGGAAUUAGGUGUAAUGAAAAAAAGAAAUAAAGUCAAAAAGACUUGAUUCAGUUCUCCAGACUACCCAUGGAAUUAACAGAAGCUUUUGGGGGAGGUUAGGAACACACCUCUUGUUGGGUAGAUGGGAGAGUCUCACCCUUGAGCGAAGUUCUUUGCUCUGUAAAUCAGGUGGAAUGAAAAGACCUGUUGGGAUUCAAGGGCUAGAAGGGUUCCAGUGCCGUCCUUAAUGCAGCACGUGGUGGAGAGGAUUCAGCCCCAGUGGCAGCCUGGAGCCUCUGGCGAGCAGCACUCGUGCACUGGUGUGAAGGAGCUCCCAGCUGGAGCCCAACACCUUUGGCACGGUGCUGGAAUCCUGGGCAGGGAGCAGGGAGCAGGGAGCAGGUGCUGUGCUCUGACACCACGGUUCAUCUCCUCUGUGCUGAAGGCAUCCCUCCAGGAUGAGACCUGUGAACAAAAGGUUUCUGUGGGGGAAAAACUGGACUAAGGACUUGAGUUGUCAUUUGCUUGCUCCUGUUGCAGACUCUGCUUAGUGAUAACCCAGAUCCAUGCACUUGUGACAAGUGACUUCUUGUGCUGGCACUGAGGGGACAGGACAGUCCCCUACCCCCCAAACCAGACUCCACAGAACCUGUAGAGGUGUUUUUGUCAAAUGCCACAUACAUUUCUGACUCAGCUGUUUCCCUGGAACGUGUUUACCUGGAGAAGGUCACUGCUCUGCAUGCAUUGCUGCUGCUCUAGGUAUGCCUUGGUCUGGCCUAGUAUUUCCUAGACAGAAUUAAGCAAGUCCUGACAGAUGAAACAAAAAUACCGUUGAAAUGAAUGUUACCCCCAGUUCUUUAGCAUGAUAGCAGCACUUAAAUGUACACUGCUUCCAGUUUUUAUCUCUGCAUACACAUAGGUUUAGUUGUGCAAAGCCCACAGUGAAUUUUUAGGCAGACUAAGCUUCCCCAGGCUCUGUACUUGUCUCUUUGUAAACCUCACUUGCUGCUUUUUAAAUUCCUGUGUCAUACAGAUGUUCACAGCAACUUCCUGUUCUAGAGCAGUGUAUGACAAGAAAUUGUAAAUGAUGAUAAAAAUAGACAUUUCCUCAGAAAUAUCCCUUGAACCAUGGAGUCCCCUGUCAGGGACCUGUGAUGCUGUACUGAAACAGGUCUUGUGCUGGUUCUGAAACAGUGGAAGAUGGUUUUCAUUUGUAACUGGGUUUAAGUUUCACUGGGCCACUUCUGUAGCACUGAAGAGCAAGCUGAGAUCAUCCACACACUUCAAGUUGUGAUUUCAGUCCCUGAUAUUAAAACUGUUCUUAAAUAAAUGUUCACCGUAUUCCUGUUCAA